AUGAUUUUGAAGCACCGAAAAGUGAUUAGAUCACUGCCUUUUAGGAGUGACCUUAGGGAGCUUGAGACAACUUUAACUACUAUCAAAGCUGUUCUUUUAGAUGCUGAAGAAAAACAGGCUCAUGACAAUCAGCUGCGGGUUUGGCUACAAGAAUUGAAGAAUGCCUGUUAUGAUGCGGAAGAUGUAUUAGAUGAAUUUGAAAUCGAAGCGUUGCGGAAGCAAGUUCUUAAACAGAGAGGCAUUGGAAAGAAGGUAAGCAAUUUCUUUUCAAGCUCAAACCCAAUUGCUUUUCGAUUUAGGAUGGCCCAUAAGAUUAAAAAAGUUACUGAGAGGUUUGCUAAGAUUGCUGCUUUGAAAAAUAACUUUCAUCUCACUGAAAGGCAUGAUGCCACUAGCCAUGUCGUACGCUUGGACAGAGAGACCCACUCCUUUGUUCAACUAGCAGAUAUCAUUGGCAGAGAUGGAGACAAACAAAAAAUCAUAACAACUUUAAUGCGAGAUCCAACGGAUGGGGAAGACAUAUCUAUCCUUCCUAUAGUUGGAAUUGGAGGUCUUGGAAAGACUGCCCUUGCAAAGUUGGUGUUCAAUGAUGAAUGUGUGGCUAGUCAUUUUGAGUUGAAAAUGUGGGUGUGUGUUUCAGAUGAUUUUGAUUUGAAACGCUUAAUGAUAAAAAUGAUUAAAGCUACAAAGAAGGUCGAUUAUAGUAACAUGGAUUUAGAGCAAUUACAGCAGGCCCUCAGAGAUUGUUUAGCUGGGAAAAAGUAUUUACUCACUCUAGAUGACAUAUGGAACAAGGAUCCUGUGAAGUGGAAUGAAUUGAAACAGCGGUUAGUGGGAGGAGGUAGCGGAAGCAAAAUUGUAGUCACCACUCGUGGUACCCAAAUUGCAGAGAUGAUGGGCACAAUUCCAGCACACAAUUUGCAAGGUCUUGAUGAGAAGGAAGCUUUGUCAGUGUUUCUCCAAUUUGCUUUCAAGAAAGGGGAAGUGAAUCAAUAUCCAAACCUAGUGAAAAUCGGGGAAGAGAUAGUCAAAAAAUGCAAUGGAGUUCCUUUGGUUUUGAAGACACUUGGGAGCCUGCUUCUCUUAAAAACUUCAGAGCAUGAUUGGAAACUUGUGAGAGACAGUGAGAUGUGGGAAUUCGUGGAAAAGGAAAAGAACAUUUUUCCUGUUUUGAAAUUGAGUUAUGAUGAAUUGCCUCCACAUCUUAAACAAUGUUUUGCAUUGCUUUCAGUCUUUCCAAAGGAUUAUGAAUUUUCUAAUUGGGAGGUGGUCCAAUUUUGGAUGGCUCAUGGUUUGCUUCGACCCUCCAAUGAAAAUGAAGACCUUGAAGAUAUUGGUAGGCGUUACUUGAACGAUCUAUCAUCAAGAUCUUUUUUUCAAGAUUUUGUUAAAGAAUUGUAUUUUAAUUGUUUUAAAAUGCAUGAUCUUCUACAUGAUCUUGCAAUAGCAGUGACAAAGAAUGAGUGCUGCACGGUAAACUCUUUGAAGCAAAAUAUUCCCCAAGGGGUUCGACAUUUGUGCAUUGACAACUUGGAUUUUCUUGAAGAAAACCGUUUUGAGUUGCUUGAUAUUGAUAAGUUAUGUCAUGUGCGCACAUUUUGCUUCAAAAAUAUGAAAGAGGGCCCUAGCAGUGAAUCCUUUAUUAAGAAAUGCCUUUCAAGGUUCCAUAAUUUGCGCGUACUAAAUCUAGAAGGGUCUAGUUUUGAGGUAUUGCCAAGAAAUAUUGGUAGUUUGAAGCAUUUAAGGUGUCUUGACCUAAGCGGCAAUUCCAACAUCAAGAAACUUCCGAAUUCCCUAUGUAAGUUACAGAGUUUGGAAACUCUGAUUAUCAAUAGUGAAGGAAUUGAAGAGUUGCCCCAAGAUAUGAGAUACAUGGUCAGUCUCAGAGUGUUAUGGAUAAGUACAAGACAGAGGGUUCUAUCUGAGAAUGGCUUUGAGCACUUGCAGUCUCUUCGGAUUUUGAGAAUUACAGAAUGUGAAAAUUUAGAAUAUUUGUUUGAAGGGAUUCAGAACCUCACAUCCCUUCAUACCUUGGUGAUUGAUGAAUGCAAAAACUUGAUCUCACUGCCGCAUGGUUUGAAAUCUUCAACCGCAUUAAAACAUUUGAUAAUUUGGGACUGUGAAAAGCUUGAUCUUAAUACGACAUUGGGAUUGGAAGGGAGAGAAAAAGAAGAUGAUAAUCAAGAUUACCUUGUAGGCAAUGGGUUGUGCCUUCAAACGUUGAUCAUUGGAUGGUUACCAAAGUUGGAGACACUACCCCAAUGGCUUCUUUUAAGAUCUGCUGACACCUUGCAAGCCUUGAGACUUGUGGGAUGUAAGAAUCUCACAACAUUACCAGAGAGGCAAGGUCUCACAUCACUUGAAUUUUUAAAAAUUGAGGAUUGCCCAAAGUUAUCAUCGCUGCCAGAGCGAAUUCCACGCCUCAAAGAAUUGGAAAUCCAAGGAAGUUCGAUUUUGGGAAAAAGAUGCAAACCAGAAAUGGGGGAGGAUUGGGCCAAGAUUGCUCAUGUCUCUAAAAUACAGAUUGAUGGCAAUGAAAUCUCAUCAUCAAAGGAAUGAUCGAUCUGACGAUUUGCUAGGGCAUUGGAUUCGACUAUCGUGGUGGCUGGACUAAACUAUUCUUCAUGUACUCCCUACAGUUGAGUCCAGGGUGUUCCUGGCUUGCCACGUGUUGUGCCCUGAUUGUUUGUAUUGUGAUGUAGGCUUGUAACUAGUUGUGAUAUGACCUUGUUUGUGAGUUAUUAUUCUUUGUUUUGUCGUUGGUUUGUUUGCCUUUGGAUUUCAAAUUUCAAUUCAAGAUUUGGCCUGCUCUUCUUUCUUUGGGACUCAAUGUCACAUUAUUAUUUAAUCUCUCUUAUAAUAAUUAAACCCUAAACAUGUUUUUUUGUCAAUAUUUUAUAAUUAUUUUGAUUCAUUGAUCACAGUUAAUUAAAAUUAAUGAGGCACUUAAAUCAGUUGCAUUGAACUUGUGGUAAACCAAACUUAUCAUUCUCUUCUCCAUUACUUGAUCCUUAGAAAUCAAUUUUAUACCACCUGAUAUAUAAUUAAUUUGGAAGGAAAAUUAUUCUAUCCAAAAAUUAUAACUUUUUUAAACUCGACGCAUGCUGAUGCUUCUUUCU